AUGGGCAAAAAUACAGAUACCCCAACAUAUCUGACUUCAGAUGAUGCCAGAUACACUCUAGGUAUUCACCGUGGCCCAUUGAUCUCCAAGGACGAUGAAGGUGCCCAGCUCGCACAUGUCGAGUCGGUCGGGGGUCUGUCGUUAGAGACGAGGAAGCUGAAGCGCACUGAAAAGUUCCAGCGCCAUUGGAAGCGAUUCUGGUGUCUGCAUCUUUUGGUGACUAUCAUCUUCCUGGCGAUUUUCCUGCCUGUAUUCUUCCUGGUUGCCAUUCCAGCCAUAUCACAGAUGGUGGUGAACAAGUCCGACCUAGUAUUGGUCAAUGCCUCGGUUCUAAACCCGCGACCGGACAAAAUUGAAUUGACGCUGUUGUCGGCAGUGGAUCUCAAAAUUGCACUACCAGUACGCAUUGAACCGAUCACGUUAGAUCUGUUCGUGCGCGAUGCGGGGGCAGAGAAUGCAUGGGGCCAGGCUAAAAUCGAUGGCAAAGUCAUCAAGGGCCACUCUACCUUAGGUGUGUCCAAGGUCGAGACGCCACUGACCAACUUGACCACCUGGGGGGAGUAUGUGCAUAAUGUCGUGUUCGAGAAGGAGACUGCGCUGUCAGUCAGAGGUGUAACCAAUUCAUACUUGGGUGUACUCAAGGCCAAGGUCACUUUGGACAAGAAUAUCAUGUCGCCAGUGCUGGAUCAAUUCAAAAAAUUCAGUAUCGCCGACAGUGGAUUGAUUCCAGCCCUUGAAGACGGCUCCAACCUAGUUGGGAAUGCCACGCUUCCCAACCCAUCCGUGUUGACUCUCGACAUUGGCACAAUUGUCCUCGAUGUGAAGAGCGGCGACCUCGUCAUUGGAAAUGCCACUCUCAAAGACGUCACCAUCAAACCAGGCGACAACGUCUUCCCUUUAACCGGAAUCCUCGACAUACACACAAUGAUCGAGAACCUCGGAAAGGUGCUUGCGUCGCAGGCAAAUGCCCUCAAAACCGGCAACUUGGCCCUGGAUACCGUAACCCGAACCGUCACCUGGAAUGGCACGCUGGUGCCAUACUACACCAAGGCGAUGAAGGAGCUGACGCUGACGGCCAACGUACCAAUCGCCGAUCUGAUCAAGAACACUGUUCACAACCUGCUCAGCGGCAAUCAAUCUCUUACAGACAUUCUCAAAUCAGGGGGCGACACGAGCACGCUGCUAGAUGACCUUACAGACAGCACUGAUGACAGCGACACCACCAGCUCAGCCUCCGACCUUGCAUCAAAGAUGAAGACGAGCGUGGCGGUGCGGGAUCUGUUCCGUGGGGCUCACCCGGUCAAACGGGAUUCAAUCAUCGACUUGUUAGCCGGGACGUACAUGAAGCUGUGA